AUCGACACCGUUAUGGACAGCGAUCGUAUCUUGGUGAUGGAUGCCGGUAACGUGGUGGAAUUCGAUCAUCCUCACAUGCUGCUGCAAAAAGACACGGGCUACCUGAAGAGCAUUGUGCAGGAGACCGGCAAGGCAAUGGCGGAAGUUCUGGCUUUCGUCGCCCAUAACUGCUAUCAGAAUCGUGGAUUUACGGCGUUUUGAUGUAUCCACGGAGUUAACUUUUGGCAAUUGCGUUUGAUGAACACCAUGAUUAGGUCAUGAAGAUUCCGACAGU